AUGUUACGCUCCGUCAUCCGUCUGCCAUCUGCCGUUCUGGGCCAGCGCCGCAUAGUCGCUUGUUUCUCACGUGGCUUCUCUUCGUACCCUCCCCAUGAUAUCGUUGGUCUGCCUUCACUAUCUCCUACCAUGGAGACGGGAAACAUGUCCAAAUGGAACACAAAGGAGGGCGAUGCCAUCACUGCGGGUGAUAUUGUGUGCGAAAUUGAGACUGACAAGGCUGUCGUCGAUUACGAAGCUACAGAUGACAUGUUUUUGGCCAAAAUACUCAUCCCAGAGGGUACUGAAAAUAUCCCUGUAGGACAGCCAAUGAUGGUUGUGGUUGAAGACCAAGAAUCCGUUGCUGCAUUUAAGGAUUUUAAACUCGAUGAAGCUUCAGUGGCUCCUGCCACCCCUGUGUCCUCCAAGAAGCCGUCCAACAAGUCCAGGUCAGAGCCUGCGAUGCCUCAACCAUCUCAAAAAGCUUCGCCGCCCAUGGAAGUCUCACCGCCUACAAAAACGAUCGAACAUACAUCAACGGUGUUGACAAAUGCUAAGGCCAGUUCUCCAGUUUCAGCUACUACCACUGUGUUUGAGGAAAAGUGGGGCUUUGGCAUAAAGAAAAGCGCCAUCUCCACGAGUCUUUUGAAAAAACAGCAGCUUUAUAUUGCUCAGUACGGCGUUACCGGUAUGACGCCCGUGGCGUUGCCAAUUAAAGAGUAG